AUGGACUUCACGAGAACACAGCUCUCCGGCCUUUUGAAUAACGUAACCCACGAAAAGACACGAUUUAUUAAUAUCCUGCACAAGCUCAAGACUAUUCUUAAUCUUAAUAAAGACAAUAAACUCAUUCUCACGUCCUUAGACAAACUGGUUCUAACAUCUUCUCCACAGGUGGUCUAUGAAAACUUGAAUUAUUCCCAUCCCAUUUUAAAAAUUCUUAUUGAAUUUUUACAAAAGACAAGAAAACUAGGUGAAGGUGAUAAGCUACUAAUUGAAGUACUGAAAAAGCUGGUUGAUGAAGUAAGCUUCCUUUUGGAGAAUGGAAUAAAGCCCAAGACGAUCAGUAAUAGACUUAAAGAUAUAUCAUUGAACAAGGCUAUGUUCGUUAGUAUGGAUAAGGAUGAUGCAAGUAAUA